UAGCUUGUAGAUGCUGUGAUGCUAACGGCGCAGUGAUGAUGAGCGGCCGGACGGGUGCGAUUGUCGCCGGGGUCUGCGGAGUUCUGUUCGUCGCAUACUGUAUUUAUUUUGACAGAAAGCGACGGAGCGACCCGCACUUUAAACAGAAGCUGCGUGAACGCCGGAAAAAACAGAAGAGUUCUACUGCGAAGUCUGGGUUGGGAAAGCUCCCAGACCUAAAGGACGCGGAAGCUGUUCAGAAGUUCUUUCUGGAGGAAAUCCAGUUGGGAGAAGAGCUGCUGUCACAGGGUGAGUUUGAGCGCGGCGUGGACCACCUGACCAACGCCAUCGCCGUCUGCGGUCAGCCUCAGCAGUUGCUGCAGGUCCUCCAGCAGACGCUGCCGCCGCCCGUCUUCCAGAUGCUGCUCACCAAACUGCCCAGCAUCAGCCAGCGAAUCAUCAGCGCUCAGUCUUUAAGCGAAGACGACGUGGAGUGACCGUACGGGAUGGUUUCUGGGUCCUUAAAGGGAUCGUAGACGCUGCGGCCGCCGGAACAGUCAUCGGACGCAGGUCACAUGACCAGCGCCGUCCAAUCACACGACUCCUUCAGGAGUUCAGGAAACACAUUCCACCAGUCGCCACCGCCGCGUCGGCUGUAUUUAUUUGUGUCUGAGGUUUGAUGUUGUGUGGGUUCAUGUCAUGUUCUUAUGUUGUUAGAUGUUAUUUUUCUAUUUUCUGUCACAUUUGAACAUAUUUUUGUGUAAAAUCAUUCAAUAAAACAUGGAAAUGAC